AUGAAUUUGGUCGAAAGGAUUUGGGCGAUACACCAACAGCAACAUGUCGACGAUGGGAGUAAUCGAACAUGGAAUAAUCUUCUUUACCAGGAGCACAGUAAUAAAUGUAACAAAAAAUGGAAUCAAAACGUUACAAUCUUGACUUGCACCGUGUAUGGGAUCCAUGUAAGAUUCAGUUGCUGCCAAUCGAUAUUCUUCUCUUGUAAUUUUAUCAAACGAAGUGAAUUGAUGUCCUACAUAUUCCUCGUGCCAGGUCUGACGGAGUACUUUUGCGGAAAUGAGAUGAGGGAUUUCACAUCUCUUCCGGUUUUAUAUAUAGCAAAAUCGUCUGCAAAUUGGCCUGAGUUUGCAUUAUUUACAAAUGAUGGAAGAUCAUUCACCAUUAUAUUGAAUAAAACAGGAGAUAAGCAUGAACCUUGAGGCAAUCCGCGUAUG